AUGUCUGAACGAUUUUUCACCUUACUUUGUUCAUGUUUAGAACGAGAAACUAUUGACUUCUUAUUCAAAUGUGGUAUAACAUUUUUACCUUAUACUACAAUAAAUCGUAAAACUUUACUUGAUUAUCCAAAGUACAUUAGAUAUUUGGAUUUCGUGAAAUUGCGCCAGAUAAUUAACCAGUUGAUUGCAGGUGAUACAGCAAGGAAUUUAUUGGAACUUGAAAUUUCAAAGAUGUUGUUCUCUCGAUGUACUUCAAUUCUCGGACUUAUGCUUAUAGAUGAUUUACAUCCAAUACAUCAUUUUCCAAGAGCGAAUCAAGCACUUUCACAACUUAAUGAGUUUCAAUCAAAAUCAGAAAUGAAUUCGUUAUUCUUUUAUGGUUUAUCUCAAAUCUGCCGAAAUAUUCAGAAAUUGGAUGUUUUUUACACAAGGGAGAAUUCUGGACUUGUAACUUUGAUCGAAUUACAACAUGAGUUAAAAUAUUUUACGUUUUCAACUGAUAUUUAUCUUGAUACUCCUUCUUCAUAUUAUGAUUCUCCAUGCGAAAGUAUCGGAAAUGCUUUGAUCCUUCAUAAAAAUUCUCUUAUAUUGUUAGAGAUUUCCGGUAACGGGUGUAUUUCACUUGAAAUUAUUAAAGAAUUAACUAAUUUACGGAGAUUGAUACUCGGAAUUUCAUCUGAAGAGUUUGAAGAUUUCGCUCAUUUAGAAAAUUUAAAGUUGCCAUUUCUCGAGUCUCUUGAAGUUCAUUAUAUAAUUCCUUCGUUGAAGAAGCUAUCAAAGUUAAUCGAGUCUACAAAUGGAAAUCUUCAGAUAAUUUUCUUGGGGGCUGACCUUUUAGCUGAUCUCGGAGAUAUUGAAUUAUAUAAUAAAACAAUCGCGAAAUAUUGUUCAAAACUUAAAUUUGUUACAAUAUAUUUGAUAGAUCCUAGUCUUUAUGGGUUAGAAGGAAUAUUUGAAUCUUGUCGGAACUUGGAGGUUAUAAAUUUUAUUGGUUGGAAUGAUAACAUUGAUGGGGCUAAACUUUUAAAUAUUAUCAGGAAGUUUGGUUCAUUAAACCUAUCACAUCUUAUAUUCGAUGGUAAAAGUUGUUUGACACCUGAUGCUUUGGAAUUAUUUUUAGAAACUUGGAAAACGAGAAACCAAUUAUCUUUAUCAUUUUAUGGUUUAAGAAGUCUUCCUCUCAGUUUGGAAUUAAUUGGAGAAACAUUUCUUGAUAAAGGUAUUCUCAAAAAUUUCAACGUAUAUGAACAUGAUGUUAAUGAAUUAGUUUAUAAUCAUUAUAUCACUAUUAAAAGAAGGUAA